ACAAUAAGUGGGUGUGAUAGUGCAGUGAUGAGAGAGUAGUGCUGGAAUGGAGGCGACUGCUCUGCCCCUGGAGGCGGACGACGAGGGCAGGCCGCAGCAGGCCUCGUCCACCGGCAGCGGCUCUUCGUCUGGCGCUGGAUACUACGGGCAUAAGAAUGGUGAAUGGCGCGGCGAAAGAAGGAUGUUAGACAUCACGCGCGACAAGCCGGUGAAGGUGUGCGUGCGCGUGGUGGUGCCCGUCCGAGACCAUCCUAAAUUUAAUUUCGUGGGAAAACUACUGGGUCCAAAGGGCAAUUCACUCAAACGUCUACAAGAAGAUACGAUGUGCAAAAUGGCCGUAUUGGGCCGAGGUUCCAUGAAGGAUAGACAGAAGGAAGAAGAGCUCCGUAUGUCAGGCGACCCGAAGUUCUCUCAUCUAUCAGAGGAGCUGCACGUGGAGAUCAGCGCGUUCGCGACGCCCGCCGAGGCGCACGCGCGCAUCGCCUACGCGCUCGCCGAGCUCAGGAGGUUCCUGGUGCCGGAUUACAACGACGACAUCCGACAAGAGCAGAUGCUGGAGAUGCAGAUAUUGUCAUCACAGAACGAGCAAAGACGGCCCACUCCCACAGAUUCGUCCAGAAGUAAUAGUGAAGAGACAUUGCCUUUACGAGACUCUAAUAAACAGAAGGUGCUAGCAGUAUCUCCAGUGACCCCGUCCCUGGCGAGCGCACCCGUGCUGCCGGUGAGCCACGCUCCGAGCGCGCGCGACUUCUCCCCGCCCGCGCCCACCCCCGCCCCCGAACACCUACCGCACCAUCAGAUAACAAGCCCCUCUAACCACGGAGUAUUAGUCGGAGGAGGGCUUAUACAACAACCGCCCACACAUCAUCUUCUUACACAAAGUUCAAUACUUGGUGGCGGCGACAUCCUGGGGCUGAGCAGCCCCGUGCUGGGCGGCGUGCUGCACGCGCACCCCGCGCUGCGCGGCGUCAAGCCAGCCGCCGUGCACCUCGCCUCGCAAGGUGUUGGGUCGGGUGGGAGCACCCGCAAGCGGCCGCUGCUGGGCGGCGCGCGGGGCGCCAUCUCGCCGACUAAGCGCGCCGUGCUGUCGCUGCUCGCGCGCGCGCGCGCCGCCACGCACAAGCACGCGCACGAACACCCAGCUCUACUUCCCGUCUUACGGGAUGAUUUUAUAAGCGGCGUCGGCGUCAACAUCAACCUAGCAUAAUAUCUAGUCAAAGUAUUAUUAGGAUAAAAUUAUGUAAAUAAUUUAUGUAAAUAGAUUGAAGCUUAGCUAUUUUAAAUCCCUAUUGUCAUGUACAAUGAAAUGGACUCAGAAAUGUUAUUGUUUUAUUAAAAUGUACCUGAUUGUAAACUAUACUGAUAUACGCUUCUUUUAAAUGGUUUAAAGAAGUGACUCAAAAGUGUUAAGACCAACUAUUCUAAUACUAUUUUUAGGAUUCACAUACAAUUUCUCAAUCUAUAUAACUUUCCUGUUAUAUAUCCUACUAUUCCCUGACACCUAGAUCAAGAAAAACUUAUUAUACGGUCAUUAUAUUGGAGAAAUGAUUUUCUUUAUAUCUAAAUUAAAGCUGUAGGAUUAGAUUGAAUAUUUAAUAUUUAAUAUGAUACAAGACCAAAAACUAAAUUAAUUUGUUUCAUACAACAUUAUAGGAUUAUACUGAACUAAUUUAUUUUUAGUCCACUUCUUUGAAUUUCAGAACAUUUUACCUGUUCUUAUUUGCUUUUCUUGGUAAUUUUAUUCGCGUAAUUCCAUGAUAAAAUAUAUAUUGUUUUAAUAAAUUCAAUAUUGAAAUAGAUUAAUGAAUAAAACCACAUAAUAUUCAUAAAUUCGUUCAAGCAUUUUUAAU